GCCUAGGCCCGCAAGGCCGACUUCCGGGAGACCGGUUUGCUUCCCUACUCUACGGUGAGGGAUGGCUGUCGAACCGAGGUACCUUCCGCACGGUGAAGGAGAAACUAUGCACCACGCCCAUCACAUGGACCACAGAUGUUGACUUCUCUGUGGCCGGGCCGAACGAGAUCAUCCCGGAGGAUUUCCAGAACCCGAGCUCCUGGGAAUGCGCGGGCGCGCAGCGCACACUCGUCUUCUGCAUGGACAUGUGGUCCUCCCACUUUGCGCGUCCUUGGUCUCGCUCGGCUUGCCUUGACUGGCGAGCUGGUGGCCGCCUGGUCGCCGUGCAAUCGAUCACGGCCACAAAGUUCGAGCUGGUGCAGGAGCUCGAGGGAGAAGGCAGCUCCUUAUCCUGGCGAAGUCAUUCGGACUGGGACAGUCGCGAGCUUCUUCCACCGCACAUCUGCCAAGUCG